CAGCGAUGUGAGGUGUGCACAUUCGGUCGAGCAGAGAAACGAGAGGAAUACUGCGAGGGAGAAAGAGGGAGUCAAAGGGAGAGAUUGAGAAUACGGUCAAACACACAAGAGCAUCAUGGCACCCAUAGGACUCAAGGCGGUGGUUGGUGAAAAGAUUAUGAAUGAUGUCAUCAAGAAGGUGAAGAAGAAGGGGGAAUGGAAGGCGCUGAUUGUGGACCAGCUGAGCAUGAGGAUGCUGUCCUCCUGCUGCAAGAUGACAGACAUCAUGUCAGAUGGCAUCACCAUUGUGGAGGACAUAAACAAACGGCGAGAGCCUCUUCCCACCCUGGAGGCCAUUUACCUGAUUACCCCCACGGACAAGUCUGUGCAGACCCUGAUUGGCGAUUUCAAAGACCCCCAUUCAGCCAAAUACAAAGCAGCCCACGUCUUCUUCACUGACUCCUGCCCGGACCCACUGUUCAACGAGUUAGUAAAGAGCCGUGCUUCCAAAUCCAUCAAGACCCUGACUGAGAUCAACAUCGCCUUCCUGCCCUACGAAUCACAGGUGUACUCUUUGGACAACCCGGAUGCCUUCCAGAGUUUCUACAGCCCCCAUAAGACCCAGCUGAAGAACCCAGUGAUGGAGAGGCUGGCAGACCAGCUGGCCACCCUGUGUGCCACCCUGAAGGAGUACCCUGCUGUUAGAUACCGAGGUGAGUACAAAGACAAUGCCACCCUGGCCCAGCUGUUGCAGGACAAACUGGAUGCCUACAAGGCUGAUGACCCCACCAUGGGAGAGGGUCCUGAUAAGGCUCGUUCUCAGCUGAUCAUCCUGGACAGGGCAUUUGACCCCGUCUCCCCCGUCCUGCAUGAGCUCACCUUCCAGGCCAUGGGCUAUGACCUGCUGCCCAUCGAAAACGACGUCUACAGAUAUGAUUCCCCUGGGAUGGGAGACACUUCUCAGAAGGAGGUCCUGCUGCAUGAGGAUGAUGACCUGUGGGUGGGGCUCAGACACAAACAUAUCGCUGAGGUGUCCACGGAGGUGACACGCCAACUGAAGGACUUUUCUGCUAGCAAGAGAAUGAACACUGCUGGAGAGAAGACCACCAUGAGGGACCUCUCUCAGAUGCUGAAGAAGAUGCCCCAGUACCAGAAGGAGCUGAGCAAGUACUCCACUCACCUGCAGCUGGCUGAGGACUGCAUGAAGCACUACCAGGGCACAGUGGACAAGUUGUGUCGUGUGGAGCAGGACCUGGCCAUGGGUACAGACGCUGAGGGGGAGAAGAUCAAGGACCCCAUGAGGGCCAUCGUGCCCAUCCUGCUGGAUGCCAAUGUCACCACGCACGACAAGAUCCGCAUCAUCCUCCUUUACAUCUUCCUCAAGAACGGCAUCACGGAGGAGAAUCUGAACAAGCUCAUCCAGCAUGCUCAGAUCCCACCUGAGGACAGUGAGAUCAUCACCAACAUGGCCCACCUGGGUGUGCCCAUCAUCACAGAUUCCACCCUUCGCAGAGGAAAGAAGCUGGACAGGAAGGAACGUGUGAGUGCGCAGACCUAUCAGCUGUCUCGCUGGACACCACUGGUCAAGGACAUCAUGGAGGAUGUUAUUGAAGAUAAGCUGGACACCAAGCACUACCCCUACAUCUCUACCCGCUCCUCUGCCUCCUUCAGCAGCACUGCAGUCAGUGCCCGUUAUGGCCACUGGCACAAGAAUAAGACCCCAGGCGAGUACCGCACCGGGCCGCGCGUCAUGGUCUUCAUCAUCGGAGGCGCGUCCUUCAGCGAGAUGCGCUCUGCCUACGAGGUCACGCAGGCCAACGGAAAGUGGGAGGCUAUCAUUGGUUCCACCCACACCAUCACCCCCAUCAAAUUCUUAACGGACCUGCAGCACCCUGACUUCCGAGAGUCCACUAGGGUGUCCUUUGAGGAGCCAGACGCAGGCUCAGACGAGUGAGACAGACAGAGAGAGGGAGGGAGGGAGAGAGAAAUCACACUCUGACAAAGAUCAACCCACGUCUUCACCCCCACCGCCCUCCUGGAACAGCUCAAGACCAUGAACAAACCAGAUGAGGAACCAGCAAGCUAAAACCACCCAGCCCCAUCUAUCUAUCUCCUUUCCUCUACCCUACACAUCCCCCAGUCAUCCUCCCAGUCAUCCUUCAUGAAUUGUGGAAACAUCUCAUCUUGCACGAGAAGAAUAAGAGUAUAAAACAA